AGUAUCUCAGCGACCGUUACUGAAUGGCUCCAAGAUUGUGUGGCCAGGAGUGGCGCCACUCUCAUGCAAGCAACACCCUUAGCUUUUCCUGUAUUUCCUCUCCAAACUCCAACCACUUCUCUCUUCUCACACCCAAGGAUGGCUUUGCUGCUCAGAUUCCCCUCUCACAACACUUCCCUCUCUUUCUUCCUUUGCCCCACCCACAAACCACCGCUGUUUCCUCUUUCGCAGCCCCUCCUCGGACGAAGAAAAGGCAACGCCGCCAAGAAGAAGUGUGGCGCAGUCUCGGAUAUCAAAGCUGCGCCUCCUCCAGUUCUCGAUGAGAGCGACGAUCACAAGGUUCUUGUGGGUCCGUCCAGCGAAGAGGAAAGGCGAGGUGAGAGGGUCAUGGCGGAGUACGAUUGGACCCAAGAAUGGUACCCGCUGUACCUGGCCCAGGACCUGCCCGACGAUGCGCCUCUCGGUCUCACCGUGUUUGACAAGCACAUCGUGUUGUAUAGGGACGGUAAUGGCCACCUUCGCUGUUACGAGGACCGCUGCCCCCACAGGUUAGCAAAACUUUCUGAAGGCCAGUUGAUUGAUGGAAGACUAGAAUGUUUGUACCACGGCUGGCAAUUUGAAGAAGGUAAAUGUGUUAGGAUACCUCAGCUUCCGGCUGAUGCCAAAAUACCUCGAUCAGCUUGUCUCAGAACGUAUGAGGUGAGGGACUCUCAAGGAGUUAUAUGGGUAUGGAUGUCUCAGAAGACACCACCGAACCUUGAUAAACUACCUUGGUUUGAGAACUUUGCCAGGCCAGGUUUUCAGGAUAUUUCAACCACCCAUGAGCUUCCAUAUGAUCACUCCAUACUACUUGAGAACCUCAUGGAUCCAGCCCACGUCCCGAUUUCACAUGAUCGAACAGACUGGAGUGCAAAAAGGGAAGAUGCUCAACCGCUGCGUUUUGAGGUGUCCGAACGUACGGAUCGAGGAUUUGCCGGCUGGUGGGGAAAGGCAACAGAUCAACCCCUGCCGAACUUCUUACGGCUUGAAGCCCCAUGUGUUCUUCAGAAUAACCGGGAGAUUGUCGACGAGAAGGGGGAGAAGCACUACUUCACAGGCCUAUUCCUUUGUAGACCGACCGGACAAGGGAAAUCCAUGCUUAUUGUAAGGUUUGGAGGAACAAAAAGAUCCCCCUUGGCCAAAUUGUUCCCGCAGUGGUACUUCCAUCAAAAUGCAGGUAAGGUGUUUGAGCAAGAUAUGGGUUUCCUCUCGUCCCAAAAUGAGGUUCUAAUAAAAGAAAAAGUUCCCACCAAGGACUUGUACCUUAAUCUAAAAUCCUCUGAUACAUGGGUAGCUGAAUACCGGAAGUGGAUGGACAAAGUAGGUCAUGGGAUGCCUUAUCAUUUUGGCCACAGCACUAUUUCAUUGCCUAAAGAGCCUGCUGUGGUUGAACAUGCACCGGCGGGACUGGUUGCCGGAGUUUCUGCAUCUUUACCGGCUAAGGGAGGGAUUGGAACAAUGCAUGCUCCAAACUUGGCCAACCGAUAUUUUCGGCAUGUAAUUCAUUGCAAAGGAUGCAGAAGUGUCGUUAAAGCUUUCCAAGCCUGGAAAAAUGCUCUUUCUGCUAUGGCUCUUGCACUGACUGCAUUGGCAAUUCUAGUGUCUGGAAGGCAGUGGAAGGCCAUUCUUUUGGUGUCGGCAACCGUAUGCUCUGCCGGAGUUUAUGGAUGCUCAACUGCCAUUACAUUGAACACAACAAACUUCAUAAGGACACAUAGGAGAUUGUAAAAGACCAUGGGAAAAGCUCCCUGCACAACAGGUUGUGCACAACCUGUUGUGCAGGGAUCAGUCCCCAAAGACCAUAGGAUUACAAGGUUGCUUGGAAAGGAUAAUAUAGUACUCGAAUAUAGAUUGUGGUGUUGGUGUUUAUUCUAAUUUCAUGACUUUUAUUGCACAGGUGCCCGAAAUUCUCCAAUUUGGGUAUCAAAGAAAUGCUGCCUCUACCUCUAUGCGCUA